CAUUAAGAAGGCUUUUUUUAAAUACUAAUAACAUCUUUAACGUUUUAUUGAGGCAGAUUGGAAAUCUUUUUUUUUUCAGUUUGUACGAAAAGGAUGAAAACAAAUUCUAAAGAUAAGGAAUGAAAAAGAUUUGCAAACAAUGACAGAAAAGGCAAAGAAGGUCAAAUAUUUAGCUCAAUGACCUUGAUUUAGAAGAAAAACUCUGACAUGUGACUGUUACCACUCGUCUUAUAUUUACAGCCCUAAAAUAAUUCAACAUGAACAUCUCCGAAAGAUGAUAUCUCAUGAUCCUAAGUUCAGAGAACCCCAACACAUCAAUUGGAACCAUAACUUCAAAUCAAUUAUUCGAUAGAGGAUUAAGCCAGAUCAUGGGCUAAACAUGAAGAAGUUGAACUGGAUACUUUGUCAGAAUGGGUCAAAACAAUCAGGUCUCUGAUAAAACGUCGAUUCAUAAGUUGAAAAACUGUGUGAAUGAUCGACAAAAGGCUGUUUUCUGAAACAAUUAAGCUGUGAAAUGUCUAUCAUCUCUUCACGAUAAAUAUGUUGUUGUUCCUGCGGACAAAGCUUCAAAUAGCAUUGUCUUUGUAUGUAAAUCGUACUACUUCGAGUGUCUUGUAAAAGAAUUAGGAAUAAACAAGCACUCAGGUAAUCCCACAUACAAAAACAAAUCAUUUCACAAAGAUGAGAUUUUGACGAAUCAUGAUUCCUUCAUAACUUCAAUGGACAUUACAUUAUACAGCAAAUCUGAGGACUUACCUUGUUUGUAUUGGAUACCUAAGCUUCACAAAAAUCCGUACUAACAACGGUACAUUACCGGCUAAUCUACUUGUUCUACAAAGGAGUUGUCCAUUAGAUUGACAAAAAUUCUGUUCGCAGUGAAAGAGGGUCUUCAGUAAAACUGUUUACUCGCGUACUGGUAUUAACCAUAUGUGGAUUCUAAAAAGUUCUAAAAUACUUCUGAAUAGUUUUAAAUCUCGAUUUUUCGAUGAAAUUAAUUCUAUUAAAACUUUUGAUUUUAUACCCCCAUUCGCCAUGAGAAAUUGAAAAAUCGUCUAAAAGAAAUAAUCCACAAUGCUUUUUAAUAUAAAAAUGGUGGCAUACGCUAUAAAUUUAUUACCUUGGGAUACCAUACGGCACAUUUUGUUAAUAGUGAACAAAAAGGAAAAACAUGCUACACAGGAGAAACAAGUGAUCAGUAUGCUGUAGUUUCUUAUUGACAACAUAUUUAAUAUAAGCUCCAGAACUAGAAAUUAAAGAAACAACAGACACGGCUUCCUCCGCCUCAUUUUUAGCCUUACACCUCGAAUUUGACAUAAGCGGUCAUCUCAGUACCGAAAUCUAUGACAAACGAGACGAUUUUAAUUUUGAAAUUUUCAAUUUCCCUCACCUUAAUAGCAAAAACUAAAAUAACAAAAAUACCGAACUCCAAGAAAUAUUCAAAACGGAAAAUCUCUGAUCAAAUGGCAAUUAAAAGCUCAAACACCCCAAACGGAUGGAAAACAACUGUCAUAUUCCUGACUUGGUACAGGCAUUUCCUUAUAUAGAAAAUAAGUAAUACUUACUGAUAUUUUGCACCUGGUCUUAUAUGACAAAGCACAUCAAUUAAAUUUAACAAUGAUGAACAAGAAUAUAGUGCAUUGUAGUUUGCCGCAAUGUUUUCAUAUGUUUACAGACAGAUCUUAUGAACUAUGUUGGAAUUUGUUUUAUAUUUUAGGUGGAUUGAUAUUGUUUUUAGUUUGCUUUAUACUCAAAUGGACUCAUAAUAUUUCAUCAGUGUUUUUGAAAUCAUCAAUUGAAACUAUUUCACCAGUACCUUUAUACAUAAAAUCGACAUCAAGAAGACAUUCAUACAGCAUGAUCAAGAAAAUGAAGGGUUCAAUAUGUCCAAUCUUACAAGGUGGACUGGGAAAUAGAUUGUUUCAAUUCUCUACUGCGUUUGCCGCAGCAAGGUCUAAAAAUAUGAAUCUUAUCAUUCCAUCUGAUGCUGAUAUCAGUAAUGUUUUUGAAAUUAAUGAGACACUCAACGAAGCAAGAGAGUUAUGUAAAGGAUUUCGAAAAAUUUUAGAUAGAGCAUCUCCAACAUACCAUCAAAACUUACUUAACUUUAGCUCAACUGAUAACAUUCAACUCGGAUAUGGCCUUCAGUCGUGGAAAUAUUUUUACAUGUAUGAUAAACAGCUAAAGACGCAAUUAACAUUUAGAAAGCAUAUACAACAUAAAGCAAAACAGACAAUCGAUAAAAUUCUACAAAGGCGACACAUUGAAUCUCGCAAGAGUGUUAAUUUGGUUGGUGUCCAUAUAAGGAGAGGCGAUAAAGUUGGUAAUCAUGAUGGGUUUAACAUUGCUACACCAGAAUAUUUAAACAGGUCUGUUAACUAUUACGCUCAAAAAUAUGAAGCUGUCUUAUUCAUAGUUAUAUCUGAUGGAAUGUCAUGGUCUAUGAAAAAUAUGCCUUCUCAUGUUCCAGUUGAAUAUAUAUCAUUAGGUAAAAGAGAACUUGAUAUGGCAACUGUCGUUGCCUGUGACCACACAAUUAUGACAAUAGGAACGUUUGGUUGGUGGAUCGGUUAUUUAACUGGUGGAGAUGUGGUUUAUGUGAAGAAUGCCGCCGCAAAAGGUUCACGAUUUGAAAAAAUACUAAAUUUUAAAGAUCAUUUUUAUCCUCACUGGAUAGGACUUUAGUAAAUCGACAUUUUGUUUACAAAUAUAUUUGUCCAUCUUUUUUCCGCAACUAUUGUGUCAUGAAAACUUUACGGUUCCAUCGACGUUUUAUAGUGUAAUCCAAUUUGAUGAAUUUGUAUAAAGAAUAAGCUAACACUUAGUACCUUUCAGUAAUACACAUCAUACAAACUGCUUAAAGCAAAUGCAGAAAGUAAUUACUGAUUGUGUGUGUUGGUAAGUCUUUAUUGGUUUAGGUUGUGUUUUGUAUACUAUUUGUCCUUGAUCGUUUCUCGUUGUUUACAUGAGAAUAUUCAUUUAAUGAGAAAAUGUAUGUGUUCUUAAGCUAUAAUUACUCAUAUGUUUACAAAGGUAGAAAAUGUUUGUUUGAUUAUUUUAUUUUUAUCUUUGCGUAUUAAGGGGAGAUAACUCAGAAAAAAUAUAAUUAAUAAAGAUAUCUUCAGGAA